AUGCUCCUUCGCAGCGUUAGGAUAGCACGAUUACUUUCCACGGAUGUAGCCGCAUCUGCAAUUACCGCAGAAGAACGACCUAUCAAAAGAAUCGGUAGAGCGCUCGAAACAUACAUGAGACUUUGUAAAGAACACACGUCCAUGAUGGCUCGAGAGAGGGCAGAUUUUGAGCUGGGACGGCGACACUUGGCUAAUAUUAUGAAUUUGGAUCCGCAUACAAUGACGCAAGAGGAUAUUGACGAGGCGAUCAGAUAUCUGUUCCCAUCCAGUUUAUUUGAUCUAAAAGCGCGACCGGUUAUGCGUCCACCUGACGAGAUUCUCCCAAAAUUUCGUCAGUUUUCAUUUGAUGAGGAGGGUCGUCCGAAAGAUAGUAGAUUCUACACACUUUUGCCCAUUUUUUAUGGGUUACUAUCGGAUAUUGGGAUUAAAACCAAAACAGUGACAUCUUUUUACAAUGAUCAUUUCGGUGCUGGAAAGAAAUCUCCUGAAUUAGAGUCGGUAAACACUAGUGGAACUCAGUGGUUUAGUCGAGAGAAGCUUGAGAAGAAACUGGGCGAAAAAAUUAGUGAGGAAUUGUAUACUCACUUAUUGAUGGCUUUUGAUUACCUUGUCAGUCUACCGUGUUCUGCAGUUGAAGAAAAAUUUAUCAUGCAGUACAGGGAACCGUUGACGGCGUUAACGAAAUCAAAACUAUUUGGACCAGCCAUUCCUGAGGUCAUUAUUUGUCCUGUCACUCAGCGAAGGAGCACUUUUGUCAAAACACGCUGCAAGAACACGAAUGCUGAAGUGCAGGUACUAGCUGGUGGUGUGGGUAAAUUCGAUAUCAAUGGUCAAGAUCUACAUGAUUUUCGUCAUCUUAUUGCCAGGGAAAUUCUACUUGCCCCAAUGCUGGUUGCUGGAGUUUUGGGACAAGUAGACGUGAAAGCGACAACUACCGGAGCCGGAGCCGGAUUGUUGACGUACGAUCCACGAACAAAGGAGCGCAGUAAAGUGAAUCAACCGGGUGCACGUGCUAAAUGGAUUUGGUAUGUGUUUGCCGGUUUUUUUUCUUCAUUCGUGUUUUCAUUAGGCAUUAAGAUGCGGUUUUCUUCAUAG